GUGACGGCGGUCGUGGAGAAGUGGAAGCGCAAGCGGGCGGGCGUGCCGAAGCCCCUGGACGAGAACGUGUGCGCCAUGUGUCGAAAGGUCUCAGACAAGCCGCUCAAGUACUGCUCGAGGUGCCAUGCAACCUGGUACUGCUCGCAGACAUGCCAAAAGCAAGAUUGGCGCGCGCACAAACCCGUGUGUCGCUCGUUAUCGGGGGCCGCAAACACGGUCACCAUCAAGCCGUUCUACUCGCAAGAGUUCGAUGCCUUGCUGCCAGUCGCCGACCUCGCGCGCAGCGCGCUCGGCUACCCUACGCAGGAGCAGGCGUCCCGCAGCACCCGCGCCGUCCAGAAGCCGAACAUCCCCGCAGGCCAGACGAGGAAGAUGAUCAUCAAAGUGCAAGUGAACCGCGCGGUCCCCGACGGCGACCUCCUCGUGUACGACAAGAAACGGACGUUCGUGUGCAUGGUCAGAAAGGUCGACUGCGCGGACGGGUACACGCAGGUAUCGCACGCCGUUCGCACGAAGGGCGUGGCUGGCGCGAAGGCGUACUUUUCGGCGGAGAUGACUUCGCCGGAUGCCCUGGUCGUCAAGGUGUCAGAGGUUUUGGCCGAGCAGCCUUUUUGAAUCUGGAUAUUCCUGUCUGUUGUAUUGAAUCUUACUCUUGGAAGAGGCUUCGUGGAGAUGCCGUCCGAGGUGUACUCAUAGAAUAUUUCAUAAUUCGG